AAUGUACAAGUUCGUUUUUCUGCUUUGCUUUUUCAACAUGCAUAUGCUUAUACUUGUUAACACUGCAGCUAAUGAGAGUUCUGAUGCUAAGGGCAUAAUAGGAGCUAUUAUAGAUAGCAGUUCUCGCAUAGGCCAAGAGCAUGCAGUGGCUAUGAAUCUGGCAUUGGAAGACUUUAAUCACAAAAACAAUCUGACUUUUGAUCUGCAUAUAAGAAACUCUCAAGGAGAUCCUCUUUUGGCAGCUAUUGCAGCUAGAGAUCUGAUUGAUAAUCAAAAGGUACAAGCCAUCAUUGGACCACAAACAUGGCAAGAGACAUCUUUAGUGGCUGAAAUCUGUAGCAAAAAAAGCAUACCCCUCCUUUCUCUAGCAGAUACUCCUGAAUGGGCAAUGAAGAAGUGGCGCAUUCUGCUGCAAUCCUCACCUAGCCAAAUUAUGCAGAUGAAAGCUAUAGCUGAAAUUGUAAAAUACUGGAAACUCUAUAAUGUUAGCAUGAUAUAUGAAGAUGGAGACUCAUCAUCCACUGAAGUUUUAUCUAAGCUCUCUGAAGCUCUUACAGAAGUUGACACAAAAUUAAACAAUGUUGUAGCAAUCCCACCUCUAGUUUCUUUUUCUAUGUCCCAGCAACUUGAGAAGCUAAGAGAAGGACAAUGUAGAGUCUUUAUAGUCCAUUUGUCUUUUCCUUUGACACUAAAACUGUUUGAAACUGCAAAAAGAAUGAAUAUGAUGGGGGAAGGUAAUGUAUGGAUUACUACUAGCACAUUUACAAGCCUUGUUCAUUCCUUGAAUGCAUCCACCAUCUCCAAUAUGCAAGGGAUUAUUGGAGUAAAGAGUUAUAUCCCAAAUCUAUGGCACCAGUAUGGGAACUUCUACCAUAAAUUUCGGAAAAAAUUUAGCUCAGAGAAUUUUGAAGAGUUUAGUUAUGAGCCUGGGAUCUUUGCAGCCCAGGCUUAUGAUGCUACAUGGAAUGUGGUUGAUGCAAUGAGGGAAACCAACCAAAAAGGGGGUCAAUUUUUGCUAGAUAAGAUUUUGCUUAGUAAUUUUACUGGCUUAAGUGGAAAAAUUCAGUUCACUGAACAUAAAAUAGCACCAACACAUACUUUUCAAAUUAUUAAUGUGAUUGGGAGGAGCUACAGGGAAAUUGGGUUCUGGUCAGAUGGACUUGGUUUCUCAAAAUCUUUAGAUCAAAAUGCUUCUUACAGCCCUUCAGUGGAGGAAUUAGGAAAAGUAGUUAAUCCAACAUGUUCCUUAAGACUAAGAAUUGGUGUCCCCUCCACAUCAACAUUCAAACAGUAUGUUGAUGUUAUUCAAGAUCAUUCUGAAAAUGUUACUUCCUUCAAGUUCAAGGGAUUUUCCAUAGAUCUUUUCGAGGAAACAGUAAAAAAAUUGCCAUACCAUCUGGAAUAUGAUUAUUUUUCCUAUAAUGACACAUAUGAUAAAUUGGUGAAGCAAGUUUAUUUAAAGAAAUAUGAUUUAGUUGUUGGAGAUGUAGCAAUAGUAUCCACGCGUUAUGAAUAUGUUUCAUUCACUCAGUCCUAUACAGAUCCCGGAGUGGUGAUGAUUGUUCCUGUUAAAUCAAAGACAGGCAAUAGAGCAUGGUUAUUCUUGAAGCCUUUCACAAAAGUCAUGUGGAUUCUCAUAUUGGUCAUCAUUGUCUACAAUGGCUUUGUUGUAUGGCUGAUUGAAAGAAACCACCGCCCUGAACUGAAGGGCCCUAUUCUGCAUCAAACAACAACUAUGUUGUGGUUGGCUUUCUAUUCUCUGUUCUCAUUGAAUGGGGACAAGUUACAUAGCAAUUUAUCAAGGGUGGCAACGGUGGUGUGGCUUUUUGUGGCUCUAAUAAUUACACAGAUUUACACUGCUAACCUUGCCAGCAUGUUGACUGUUGAAAGAUUUGAACCAACCAUAGACAGCAUUCAGCAGCUAAAGAACAACAAUGCCAUGGUAGGAUAUGAUAGAGGAUCCUACUUAAAAAGAUAUCUCCAAGAUGUAUUGGGCAUCAAUGCUGAAAACAUCAAGCAAUUUGACUCACAAGAGAGCUAUGCUGAUGCCCUAAGAAACAAAGAAAUAGCAGCUGCCUUCCUUGAUAUCCCUGAGGCCAAAAUCUUCCUUGCAAAGAACUGUAAAGGGUUUGUUCAAGCAGGGCCAACAUACAAAAUUGGAGGAUAUGGAUUUGUAUUUCCAAAGGGAUCUCCAUUGCUUCAUGGUGUAAACCAAGCCCUACUAGACAUAUCAGAAAUUGGCACACUACGUAAUCUAGAAAACAAUAUGCUUGCAUCAGAGGAAUGUAAAGACAUAAUUGAGCCAGGUGAAGACACAACUAGCCUUAGCCCUACAAGCUUCAUGGUUCUCUUCAUCCUAACUGGAGGCACUUCAACAACUGCUCUCUUAAUUUACAUAUUUCCUAUGAAUUAUUUAUGCCCUGGACAGAGAGCAACGUGGAGUCUAAUGAUGGCUGUGAUCAAAAGUUGGAGAUUCCAAAAGGCACUGUUUCCAAGAAGAGUCCACAAUGUUGCAGAAAGUUCUUCCAACAUUUCUAAUUUGCCAGAUUUAGCUUAA